AUGUUUAAGGCAAGGAUGAACAAACAGAUCCAGCCCGACCGCAAAGUGUCGGUGGUGGCCCCCUUGCCGGACCGCGCGGGGCCGCCGCCCCCGAGGAAGGACGUGGAGCUGAUCCUGGUGAAGGAGCACAACGGGGUGCAGUACACCAGCAGCAGCCUCCUGCCCGCCGCCCCCGCGCCGCGCUACGGCGCCCAGGACAGGGAGACCUGGGGCAAGAAGAUCGACUUCCUCCUCUCCGUCAUCGGCUUCGCCGUGGACCUGGCCAACGUCUGGCGAUUUCCAUACCUCUGCUACAAAAAUGGAGGGGGUGCUUUUCUUAUUCCCUAUAUCCUCUUCUUAAUCAUUGCUGGAAUGCCUCUGUUCUAUAUGGAAUUAGCACUGGGACAGUAUAACCGAGAAGGGGCUGCCACUGUGUGGAAAAUCUGUCCAGUUUUCAAAGGUGUAGGCUAUGCAGUGAUACUCAUAGCUCUUUACGUGGGUUUCUACUACAACGUUAUCAUAGCUUGGUCUCUGUAUUAUCUAUUUUCAUCAUUCACAUUUGAGCUCCCCUGGACAAACUGCGACAACAGUUGGAACAGCCCAAACUGUACAGAUCCCAAACUCUUCAAUGCAUCAGUACUUGGCAAUGGUACCAAAUACUCGAAGUACAAGCUCACUCCUGCAGCUGAAUUUUAUGAGCGAGGAGUUCUGCACCUGCACGAAAGCCGUGGAAUCCAUGACCUUGGCUUGCCUCGCUGGCAACUUUCCCUCUGCCUCUUGGUCGUGGUAAUCAUUCUUUUCUUUAGUCUGUGGAAAGGCGUGAAGACUUCAGGAAAGGUUGUUUGGAUAACAGCCACUUUGCCUUAUGUUGUAUUAUUUGUCUUGUUAAUACAUGGAAUAACCCUGCCAGGUGCAUACAAUGGAAUAAAUGCAUACCUGCACAUAGAUUUCAGAAGAUUAAAAGAAGCCACAGUAUGGAUUGAUGCAGCUACUCAGAUAUUUUACUCCUUAGGAGCCGGGUUUGGUGUUUUAAUUGCAUUUGCCAGUUACAAUAAGUUUGACAACAACUGUUACAGGGAUGCUUUGCUGACUAGCACCAUUAACUGUGUCACAAGCUUCAUCUCAGGAUUUGCAAUUUUCUCCAUAUUGGGCUACAUGGCUCAUGAACACAAAGUUAAAAUUGAGGAUGUAGCCACUGAAGGAGCUGGUUUAGUUUUCAUUCUGUAUCCAGAGGCAAUUUCAACUCUUUCAGGAUCUACAUUUUGGGCUGUGGUAUUCUUCAUCAUGCUCCUUACUCUUGGCAUUGACAGUUCUAUGGGCGGAAUGGAGGCUGUCAUCACUGGCUUGGCAGAUGAUUUCCAAAUUCUGAAGCAGCAUAGGAAGCUCUUCACCUUUGGUGUUUCUUUUGGCACUUUCCUACUUGCCCUUUUUUGCAUCACCAAUGGUGGAAUUUAUGUCCUCACACUUCUGGACACAUUUGCAGCUGGGACUUCGAUAUUGUUUGCUGUUCUAAUGGAGGCAAUUGGAGUUUCCUGGUUUUAUGGUGUGGACAGAUUCAGUGAAGAUAUCCAACAAAUGAUGGGCUUCAAGCCAGGUCUCUACUGGAGAUUGUGCUGGAAAUUUGUUAGCCCUGCUUUUUUACUGUUUGUCGUGAUAGUCAGCAUAAUAAAUUUCAAACCUCUGACCUACGAUGACUACACCUUCCCUCUCUGGGCAAAUCGCAUUGGCUGGGGAAUAGCAUUAUCUUCAAUGAUACUUGUGCCUGCCUAUAUUAUCUAUAAAUUUAUGAAUGUGCGUGGGACCUUUAAAGAAAGACUAGCUUACUGCAUCACACCUGAAAAUGAGCACCAACUCGUGGCACAAGGAAAUGUCAGGCAGUUUAAGCUUCAACACUGGCUAACAAUAUGACAACCACAGGUUAAGGAAAAGCCAAUAUGUUAAGCUAAACUGAGAAUACAGAAAAGUCAAGUUCAAAGCUCCCUCGAUUAUGCUUGGACCAGGCUGGCUCAGAACUUACCUACUGACUCUUUGAGGGAAGACAUCUGCUCUCUGUUCUCAAUGCCUCCCUUCUAUUACUUGGCUUCAAAUGAUCUUUAAAGACUCCAUUUAAUUUUUCUUACAUCCUUUGGUGCCAUGAGAUCCCUACAUGACCAAAACUUGUGAGUUUUACUAUUGGCAGAAGUGGAGGAGGGGGGAGCAGAGAAAAAAGCAAUCAACAUAAGUUAAAUGCUCUUUUAUUGUGAAGAAGUGAAUUAAACUUUUCUGACAGUAAUAAUUACUUCAGAUAUUCAUGUCACAACCUAUUUUAAACCAACACCACCUGAAAGUUCUUAGAUCUAAGGAAAGCGUAUAUUUCAAUUAUGAGGAAAGAGCAAUUUUAACUAUGUACUAAUGUCAUUAGCUUUCCUGCCAUACUAUCCUUUGGGAUAUGAGUUUGCAUCCUUCUGAAGUGAAGACUCAGUGCUUCAUUUUCAGUGGUUUGUUAUUAGUUUCUUCUUUUGGUGAAGAAGGUUGUCUUUGCUGUAUAUGCCCGUGUCAUUUUCUGUCCAGUUUAAUUACACAAGCUGAAGAGCAGCAGGAACAGAAUUCCUGUUACAGUUACUAAGUACAGAAUACAGUUUAAUACCACACUGUACUUAAUGAAAAAUAUAUUCCCUUAUAUCAACUAUUGAAAUGGCUUUAUCAUAUGAUCCAUACUCCACAGACUUUUUCAGCUAAGUAUGAAAGUUACAUUCAAAUAGACAGACUUUCAUCUUUUUGUUAUAUUUUGUUCCAAAUAUAGAAUGUAAAAUACAUAGGAAGAGAAUAAUUUUUAGAAUUACAUAAUCUACCCAGAGGCACCAAAAUACCCAACUUUGGCUUUAUUCUCCUGCUGUGACCAUGCUAUCAUUAUAAUUUAACCUGGAUUCACCUACCAAAACAUAGUAAGAUUGCAGUGAAUAAUUUAGAAGGAUAUUUCAGGCAUACUCAGCUCUCAAGUCUAUUCCAGCUCUUCUCUCUGGUAGUAUUAUGCAAGGUAGAAGAUACAGAACAAACUCACAUUUGGGUGCUGUUCUUAUUCUGUGGUCACUUAUCACUAUAGUAUCUUCCCAGUGAUCAAUAGAUUUGGUAGCUUUGAGUUAUUUCUUGUACUUAUUUAUCACUAGAUCUACAGUAAUUUUCAGAGGCAAUAGCUUCUCAGCUGAAUUCAGCCCAGAGUUUACCUUACCUCUGAAUUUUUUUGCCUCUACACAUUCAAUUCAACUUGUCUUUUCAAUGUAUGUAGUGCUUCCUCUUUUUAAAAAGGCCAUUUAAAAGGAUGGAGCUUUUUUAUUUAUAAAACAAUUUUUGUUGAGUUUUUUUUUCCUUUUUUAAAAUAGCCCAGUUUAAAAGUCCCAAGUGAUUUUGGCCUUUUCCAUUUAACAUCGAUUUCUGUUCAAAAUAAUGGAAGGGAAAUUCCUCUCUUUAUUCAUCCUUUUCCUCCAACAUAAUCAAUACUUUGGAAUGUAUCAAGUAUUGUCCUUUUCUUAAAGGGUCUCCGUGACAAAAUGUAGUUUUAUUUAAACAGAGUUUUAAAGCCAAAGGAUACUUUCUUCUAAUUAUAAAGGAAGUCACAUUUUGUGGCCCAGCUGAUGGUCGAUAGCUCUUUAAAGCCUGUAAUUGAAUAUAUUUCAAUAAUAAAGGAAUUACAAUUGUUGCGGUUCUAGUUCUGUAACUACACAAGAGGCCAAACAGUGAAAAUAUGUUGAGGGCUUCAAAAAAGCCAUCCCACCAACUUCAUAGUUAAUCCUAUUUUUAUUGUUUGCUAAACUACAUGAGAAUCUUUUCAUUGUUAUAAAGCUUACUUUUCAAUAAUACAGCUGCUUCAGUCACUGGCUUAGCAUGGCUCAAAAGCUUUUUAGCACAGAUAUGAUUUCCAAGUUUUUAAAUUCUUGGGGGCUCUUUAACAUGGAGCUUUAAUAGCUUGUCACAUUAUACAUUGUCUGGUUUGAUCAUGAUUGGAAAUGCUAACAAUCUGCAUCAGUGUUCACUUUUGACACACCCCAUCACCACCACCCGUGUAGCAAAACCCAUGCAGGAAAAGUCAUAUUCCAUCACCACUCUCCUCUGAAAUAGGAGCAAAGCUAUCUUAACGUCGGAGUGAAAUCAGCUUUACCCAGCAUGUUAGGGUUUGAUUGUAUUUUUAAUACCAACUCCCAAGGCAAUUACCUACUACAUUAUUUUUAUUUCCAUUACUGUAUAACUUCUUAGGUUUAAUGUAGUAUUUGUAGCUCAGGACUCCAUUGCACUAUUGCCAUCUUGUUCUGAGGUUUUAUAGACAAUAGGCAAAUCAGAGAAAGCAGGAAUCUCAUUACCAGGAACAGCCCGAAUGAAAAAGAAAGAUAAUACACAUUGCACGACCGCACAGCUAGGCUUUAAGUUCGAAAUGUUGCCCAGAGAAAGUCUCCCCCCCAAAAAACAUGACUUCCGUCCCAGAGAUGAAGAACAAUGUCUUCAAUUCUCCACAGAAUAAGAUGCUCAACUACCUCAUGCCUCUUGGACAAUAACUGAUGCCAUUAGACACAAACUAGCAUCCAUUCAAAUGACAAAUACCUUUGUGAAGACCAGGUUAUAUUCUUUUCCUCCACUCAGUGAUAUGGUACAGACAGUCCAAUAAGAAGCCACAGCUCUGGCACCCAGCUCCUCUUAGGCACCUGCUUUGAGCUCCCACAUACAUUUUCAAUAUGGAAAAUAUCAAAUGCCUCUAAGAUAUUCAUCUCCCUUCAGUUCCACCAGUUGUAGUUUAAAAAAAAACAAAACUGCCCAGUCAGGUCCUUAUCACCCAUGUGGUUUAACUGCAAGUCUUCCUCUAACUCAGUCUUGAAUUUUCAGCCAAGCAGCUCACUCCUUCCCUCAGCUAUACCUAUUGUGGGAACAGACCCGCUCUGGGGAAUGGUGCUCUCCCAGAUAUCCCCAUGGCAUGGCAAGUAUAUGCUGAUGGAGUAGGCAGCCCACUUCCAAAAGCAGAAAAUUUUUGAUACAAGCUUAUUCAAGAUGCAGUAUCAUCUGCUUACUAAUUAUGUUGGCUGUUUUGGUAACAAGCCAGUGGGAAGAAUUCAGUGAAGCAAUUAAAUAGCUCAUUUGACAGUUCUAGAAAAUAUUUUCUUAAAAGCUUUUUUUUAAAUCUGAUAAAGGAAACAGCUGUCAUACAUUAGCAUCUCUCUUCUCACCUUCCUUCCUGCCAGUAAUCCAUAUUGUUUCAUCAAGCCACAGAAAGUUAGUUAGC